AUGCGCUAUUCGACCGAUCCCAGUCCGGCAGGCAUGAAACAAAUUGUAAUUGACGCACAAGACCACCCUAUCGAGGCUGUUACGGUGUUCGACCAGAGGGCAGAAGUUCGUCGAAUUAUCACACUCGAACUAGACGCUGGGAGAAAUGACUUUGCGAUCAAGAACCUGCCGUCGGGCAUCGUCCCUGACACUUUACACUUUGCAGGACUUAGUGCUGGGCAAGCAUCGGUUGUUGAUACGACCUGUGUCACCCCCCGCCCGAAAAUAUUCGGAGGCCCGUUCCAGACCUCCAGGACUUCUCCCGCCCAGCGGAUAAAUGAAAAGAUUACCGAGCUCGAGGCAAAGAAACGUGAAUUGCUCAGGGAGUUAAGUCUUAUCAAUGCAAGAAGCGACGUAUUGCUGUCCUAUGCCAACUCACUCAACGGAGAAAAUACUGAACCCGGAGAUUUUGUCGAAUUUUUGGGACAUUUCAAUGCUGCCGGACAAGCAACCCUCGAAGCGACGACCCGCAUCGAGAACGGUGUCAGGGAGAUCGACGCUAGUAUCGGUCGGAUCAAAGCGAAUGAAGAGAGUGAAGAUGAGGGUGACAAAAUUCAGGAACUAUCGGUUAAACGCAAAACCAAGGCUAGCGUCGUACUUAGCGCCAAGGAGGCCUGUAGUAUCAAGCUUUCACUUACUUACGUGGUAAAUGGAGCUGGGUGGAAACCAGCGUAUGAACUUCAUGCGAUUACAGAUAGCAAAACACAAGCAAUUGCGAACAAUGCUACCUUGCACUACCAUGCGUCGAUUCUCCAAACCACUGGUGAAGAUUGGGAAGACGUGCAACUCACAUUAAGCACUGCUUCAUCCGCCUACAGCUCAUAUGUUCCAUACUUGGGCAAGAGUAUAAUAAAGGCUGGCACUGCCCCAGUGCGAUAUACUCCGUUAUUCGGACACACUAGUAACCUUGCUGCCAACAAUCCUUUGGACAGGAGAGGGCUGUUUGGCGCCGCUCCAACAAACACAGUCGGAUUUGGGUCUGCUACGUCAGCAUAUUUAUUCAAUACAGGUGCUACUUCGGGAGGUUUAUUUGGUGCCGCGGCUACAAAUAAUGUGGGCAACCAUGCCGCAACCACCGCACCAUCGAGCUCUGUACCCGCUAGUGGUCCUUUCAGCAGUGAAGCAACGGCGAGAGAGGAGUUCGGCGUUGUUGUCGAAUCCAACCCAGACAUGCAUGCGCUGGACCGUGUUGGUGCAGCUGUGAACGAUCAAGCACUUGCGAGCACAUACAGCAUCGAAACAAAUGUUACGGUCCAAAGCGAUGAUAUACCGCAUCGGGUCACAAUCAUGUCGGCGCAGCUGGGCGCUAAAACUCAGUACAUUACUGUUCCAAAACUGUCGCGGGCAGUUUACCUAUCGUGCAAAAUGAUUAAUUCAACGACGCAUCAAUUCUUGCCUGGUCCGCUUGUCACUUACUUAGACAAUAGUUACGUGGAUACUACAACCCUCCCAUUGGUGCCCGUAAAAGGUAUAAUAACCAAGUCGCUGGGUACUGAUGCUGCGAUCAAUGUUGCCUUUACCCAAAUCAAAAAAGAAUCGGACAAGGUCGUUGGGUUUGCUCAAAGGAAAUAUACCCCUGUCACCGAUACCAUCACCAUCAAAAAUACUCAUCCCUUUGCUAUUCCGCGCAUACUGGUUCGUCAUGCAAUUCCGACACCGCAAGAUGACCAAUUCCGUGUUGUACUCAUAAACCCCGAAGAUAUGGCUGGGUUGGAGCCAGGAAAGGAGUACAAGCUACGCGAAAAGGUCAAGGGAAGAUGGAUGGACGAUGCCACCUCAGGCCCGGACGUAAGCGGCCUUGUUGAGUGGACGAUUGAUAAUCUUGAGGCAGAUGCAAAAGAGGAGAUCAAGAUGGUCUACGAGGUUGCAGCACCCCAGGAUGUGGAGUGGCACCAAUCUUGA